UCUUCGUGCAUGUUCCUUUGUAACCUCUAAACUAUACACGACAGUGUUUUACGUCGGAAAAAAUUACGUGUACCGUAAAAACGUAGUUUAGUUGGAAUCCCAUUGCUGUCACGUUCACGCGUUUAAUUACUAUUAUCGUGCGUGAAUAACAAACAUUAGAGAUACGAUUCAACUUCUAACGGGUAGAAGAAAACACGAUUGACAGAAGAUCGAAGAACGAAAACUUGCAAGUCCUACCUGUUGUCACAAUAUUCGAGCACAAUAACAAAAUCUUUUUCAUAAUUUUAUGAAACAAUUUAAUUCAUUGUGUAAUCUGUAACUGGCGAAGAUAUUAAUCGACUGCAUUUAACAUUAAAUUUUUACGCAGCAAUAGGAUCAUCCAAAGGGAUAAAGUUCAAUACAUGGAUCCAGCAAAAUUUUGAAAGCUCUUCUAUAUAUAUUUGUUACAUAGAUAAUCUCCCUGUGAACUGUAUUUAUCGAUUAUGUGCAAAUAGAAAUUCACAGUAUUUGGCACAUUCCAGUUUCAAUCAUUUUUGCUGAUAAGAAUCAUUCCUAUUAGGUUAUUUACGUGAGAUAAGAGUAAUCAAGGAUGUGAUUAUAAAACCUUGUUGAUUCUGAAGGUUCAGGUAUCACACAAACUAAAUUCAAUUGCACUGUACUGCAAAGACUGCUGUUGUUUUGCAUAAGGAUUAAGUGUCAACUUUGAAAGACUAAACUACAAAAGAAAACUCUUUAAAAUGAAUAGCUCUAUGCGCGAGAAAUUUCUUACCUUUGCUGAUGUUAUAAUUAGGGUACCACCUCUAUUUAUCAUAGAUGAGUUACUUAAAAUGGGGCUUGGAAUGCCGAAUGAUAACGUUGUGCUGGAUAGCACAGAGAGUGGUUUUAAAAUAUCAAAAGUUUCAGACAGUGUUGUUGACUCAGUGACACCUAAUUCAUUAAUGAUAGAUCCAUUUGAUUUUGAUCAUCUUGUCUAUAAAAUAUAUUUCAUAAUUGUAUUGAAGAGUCUAUGCUGCUGCUUAGGAUGUGUUGCUGCAAUAUGCACAUUUAUGUUAUGGACAAAACAUCUAAUAAUUGUAUACCUAUAUUUAAUAUCAGUAGGAGCAGUAUUUAUAUCCUAUUGGUCAAAUGUUAGUACAAUGAAAGCUAUUAUAGCAUACGUGAACGCACAUGAAUCAACAACUAGCAUACUUGAUGACAUUUUAUGUCUUAAUUUAAAAUACGUUUUAAACGAAGGACCCGGCCUGUUGAUCGUUCAAAACUAUAUAUUGCAAUGCUUAUUAGCUAGUAUUUUUUGUUACAUUCAUCUUGCACCAAGGCAUCCAAUUCAACAGAAACUUCUUGUACUAAGUUUUAUGGCACCGUCAAUUUUGGGUCUUUGCCCUCUUCCGACGCAAGUUUUGUACAAUGCACCCGUGUUUGCCGCACUUCUACCCUUGGCAGUAUGCAAAUUUGUUAUUUGGUACAACGGAAUCUCCAUACUAAAAACAAUGUACAUAGGUUACCAACACGCGCGUAAUUUUGUAAGUAACUAUGGAUUGUCAGCGCUCGUCGAGACAGAGUGGAUCCGAUUGAACGUACCGUGCGUGUUACGCACGUUCUGGAUUCUACGCGUGGGCGGACAAGUGGUCCAAAUUCUUAGCAAUCAUUACGACGAAGAGGAUUUCACUUAUACCUUAAUGAUUAAAACUCUGUUGGUGAAUGGCUGUGAAACUCUGACAGCGGUCUUAGGAAUGACCAGUAUAAUAUCGUUUAUCUGCCAUUACAUCGGUUGCUUCUUUCAAUGGGUACUGUUGACAGUGGACGAGGACGAGAAAAGCAUCGGCACCCUAUCCGCUACUUUGUUUUACGUUCUGGCUCUUCAGACUGGGCUGACCAGCUUGGACCGAGAGAAACGUUUGGUCAGACUGUGCCGUAACUUUUGUUUAUUACUGAUGGCGGUUCUACACUUUGUACACAACAUCGUGAAUCCUCUGUUAAUGUCACUGAGUGCCUCUCACAAUCCGGCUCUUCAUCGGCAUAUUCGUGCCCUGGCGGUAUGCGUGUUUCUAAUACUGCUACCAGUGUCGUUGCUGGCAUUCCUUUGGUCGCACUACACCGUGUGCACGUGGCUAUUGGCAGUGUCGGUAUUCGGUAUCGAGGUGAUCGUAAAAGUGUUAGUCUCCCUCGCCAUCUACUCUCUCUUCCUCAUCGACGCUUAUCGCAGCGUGUUCUGGGAGCAGCUGGACGAUUGUGUCUACAUUAUACGAUCGUUUGGUAACACGGUCGAGUUCACUUUCGGGAUCAUCCUGUUCAUAAAUGGCUUCUGGAUUUUAGUGUUCGAAUCCGGUGGAGCGAUUCGCGCGAUCAUGAUAUGCAUUCAUGCUUAUUUUAACAUUUGGUGCGAAGCAAAGGCUGGGUGGAGCGUGUUCAUGAAGCGUCGUACAGCUGUUAACAAGAUCAAUUCUUUACCGGAAGCUAAAGUGGAGGAACUUCGAAAAUUGGACGACGUCUGCGCUAUCUGUUACCAAGAGAUGGAGAGUGCCAAGAUCACGCAUUGCAAUCAUUACUUUCAUAGUGUUUGCCUAAGGAAGUGGUUGUACGUGCAAGAUCGUUGCCCGCUUUGUCACGAUGUGCUGUACAAAGUGGAGAACGGCCGUCGAGCCAGGGACACGGCGGAAGAUCAAAGAUAACGUCUUCCAAUUAGUGAAUGAAGACAGGUGAAAAGACGCAUAGUUUUAUUGUGAUAUAUACACACGCAUAUAUAUAUCAUACAGAGAAACUGUUGCGAAUUCAAAACUUGCAUAGUUAAGGAAUCGAUCUGUGGAAAUCUUGCCCGAGAAAGUUUCGUUUCUCGUAAAAAGUCGCUCAAAUUUCGGUACUCGGGGUAACGAUUGUAACAUUUCAAGCGCGACCAAGUCGACGUUGUUGCCCGAACGAGAAAUUUGAUCGCAUGGAAAAAAAAAAAGCUGUAAACCGAUAAGUUUCACGAGUAAUCGUUUUGUUACCACUUAUUGCAUAUACAUUUAGCUAAUGGAACUCCUUUAAUCUUACGAUACCAGAAGCUGCGACUUUUAAUGACAGUCGUAAAUCGCUCGCACCUAAUGUAACUUGUCUUUACAUUUCUACAAACGUUUAACGCAAUACCGAAGCUUCCUUGUGCACGCGUAUUGGGCUUCAAUCUUCCAUUUUUUCUAACGCUAACUUUAUGUAAUCCUGGUUAGAUGAAAUCGCGAACAAAGCUCGUACGAUUUUUUCCAUUAGAAAUAAACGUACUUUGAAAUACGAUCGAACGAAUUAUCGCGUAUAUUUCUCAGCGCGUGAAUUAGUUUACUUUAAGCCCUCGAAAGACUGCAACAGAAAAUACAUGCGUUUCUAUUUCUCUGACAUAAAUUGUAGUCUUUAUUUAUGGUUUCAUACGAGAAAAUUUUUUUAAUUGAUUGUCGAAUUAAUUUAACACGUUCACUGAUUGAAUUAUAGUGCGCUAUAGUAAUUGUCCUUAGCUAAUGAUAUUCUUAACACUUUCUCUUCACAAAUGCUUAAACUAAUUUUAGUAAAUUUUAAAAUCUUCUCUUUCUUUCUUCACUUGUUUAAUUACUUAAUUGAAUUAUAGCCCAUGUGACAGUGGACGUGUUAAGUUAAUUACAAGAUAAUGAGGUGGUAUCACGAGAUUCACGUUUUUUCUUGAAUUCGAUUGAAGAAAGCAACGCACGAUUCGAAGAAUUUUCUAGUACCGUAUUAGUCGCAGAGUGUUGCUGUGGUACAAAAAUUUCGGAUGCAAUGAACAGUAGACGGUGCGAUUUUGUAUAUCGAGUUUUUGCCGGUCUGAAAGCAGUCUAACAUUUUCCAGAUCAACGAGACUAUAUCCGUCUGUUUUGGAUUUCAAUCACUUUCUCUGUCGUUCCGAAAUCGAAUCCACAAGCCUUUGUGAUAGUAGUUGAUAGAGAAAAUAGUAAAGUUUCCUAAUUUAUUGCAACAAAGCAUUAUUUACUUACACGAUUUAAAUAUCAACCGUAUAAUAAUGUUUCGUUUGUAAGGUCAGAUCUUGUCCAAUAAAUGUUAUAUUUUUAA